AUGAAGUUCGAUGUAGAGGACCUGAUGCCCCGGCUUUUGCCUGUGGAAGACUACAACGUGGAGGACUUUGAUCCCAGUAUACCUUCCAGGAAUCCCCAGGAUGCUGCAAAGUGCCCAGAUGUUAUUGUGGCUCAGAUUGACCCAAAGAAAUUCCAGAAAAGGCAAACUGUGAAUAUGUCGCUUUCCAUUUGCGAGCCUGCUCCUGAUGGAUAUUCCCCUAGUCUUAAGUGGCAGCAAAUUCAGGUUGCCAAUUUCUCUACAGUAAGGCAGAGUGUUGUCAAGCACAGAGCACACUGGCAAGCACAGGCUUUAGACCAAAAUGUAAUGAUGCCAAAAGUGGAGGAUGAUGAAGUCUGGAAGAAAUUUUGUUUGGGUGAAAAUGUUUACUUUUGAAGAUCUGCCAUCUAGGAUGUCAAGAAUGAAGAAAUGGGUAUGGAUUAUAUGAAAGUAUGUUUUUCUUCUUUGCUAAGUAUUGUCACAUUGUUUAAAUUACUUAAAAAUAAAGAAGCAAUGUCCGAGAAUUAUAAACAAAUAACUCAAAAUAAUGAACAAAGAAUGAGGACAUAUGAAUAA